AUGGAAGUCCGGUGGAGUUGGGCUGAACCCCCAAGGCUUGGCUCUGCGCACAUAGCAGUCAGCUUCAUCCUCUCUUCUUUGUUUGGAGUGUGGUCUGUUCGGGCACUAGAGAUGUCCGUGGGCAAAGUCCCUUUCCUGGAGGCAGUCAAUGGCAGCACUGUCAUGCUUCCAUGUACAUACUUCAGCUGCAUCGGAAUUAAAGACCUCUAUUUCAACUGGCAGUUCAAUGACAAUGGCACCAUGCAGAAGGUGUGUGAUUCGGUGAUUCCCUCUGAAGGGGUGGAGCCUCACGUGACCAUAUAUAGAGAAAGAGUGUCUUUUGUGGGAAUGAACCAUGAAAACAACGUAUCCAUCCUCUUAUGGAACAUUACCUUUGACGAUGCCGGUCAGUACACCUGCUUCGGAAUCAACCCAAAGGAGAAGGGAAAGAACCACAGUGCCAUUUUUCAUCUCAUUGUGGUGGAAGAGUUGAGGGUAGUGGACAACACAGUGACCAUCAUCAUUGCCUCCUGUGUCGGUGGAGCCAUUGCGCUCUUAAUGGGCUUCAUGUUGAUCAAGAACUUCACACUCUUUGUUCUGGCCAAACUUGAGGAGAAAAAUAAGGAGUGCCUUGUAACUUCAUCAGGAAUCGACAAUACAGAAAAUGGCCUCUCAGGAUCCAAAGCUGACUCAAAGCCAACACCAAAAAAGAAAUAAGAAAGUGCAUGUAUGUACUCUCAUAAGCGCUGUCAACUUUGGACCUUUUUCGCAUAUUUAUAUAAUGCUCACAUGCAAUGCAAAAACAGACAAAGCUGGGAUCUGAAAAAUGUGCCUGGCUCUGGCCUUUUGAAAACAAAAUAUGCAUUUACAAGGUAGAAAAAAUGCAAGUA